AUGGGCUCGGGGGGUACGCUGAAGUUCGCCGUGUGCGAGGUUCUGCAGUUUGCAGGCCUGUGCGUGCCGCUCUUCAUCGUCAUGCAGAGGUUCGCCGUCAUCGUGGCGAGGGUGAAAACCUCGGCGCAGCCCCCUGGAGACGCCAGCACGGCCUACUGGUUGAUCGUGGCGUCCUCCAUCGCCUACGUCACCUCAACUGCCCUGCUGGUCUGGGUGCCCCUGAAGUACAUGGUCUUCGUGAAAAAGAAGUUUCUCAUUGGGAGGAAGAAGUGGAGGCCUGUUGCCCUUGUAUAUGUGGUCCUGUCCACAUUGCCCUGCUUUGCCUUCCUUAUCGCCAGCUCUGAGGUCCAGAUAAAUAACAACAUGCAAUAUGAUAUGUUCACGGAGCUCCCUGUGUCGCUAGUCCUCUUCUCUCUCAUCUGUAUUGACGUUGUGGAGAGGAUACGCCACUGCAGACUGACGGGCCAGGCUAAUGACAUGGAGAGAGAUGCUGACAUUCCCUCCUCUGUCCUCACACAUGUGGAGCAGGUAACACCAGUGACCCCUAUCUCUCCAGCUGUGCCAGGGCCAGCUGUGCCCGGGCAAGGUGGUUCCACUCCGAUGCAACCAGGGGCAAACCAGCUCGGGGACAGGAACCAGAACGGAGCAGGCGCUCGACAGGAGACUAACGGGAUGCCAGGCAACCCUGGGAGACCAUUUAGUAUCUCUGGAUUAAGCUCACCAUCAGUGAGCAGCACGGCGUACCGCAUGUCUCCGUACUCCUACACGGGCCCACUGAGGUUCCUGAGUGCCAGCGACGCCCGAGCGGACGUGUUCGUGGACAGUUUUGUGUUCUGGUUGGAUACGGUGGAGAUGGUGCGGGUGGCAGGACACCCCCUGGUCUACCACUCAGGCUGGGUGUUCCCCAUCUAUAUCUUCAGCUACUUGUCCUGCCUGCGUGUGGUGGUCAUGCCCCACAGCCCCUUGCUUUCCUCACUAGGAGUGGCUCUGCAGGACUUGCCCUUUUUCUUUGUGCGCGUCGGCCUCAUUGCCUUCUUCGGCUUCGUCACACCCAUCCUCUAUCUGAUGAAGAACUUGUUGGUGUGCCUGGCCUUUGUCUACUUCAACUUCAUGACCAAGCUGAGGGUCUUCAACACAGAGAGGAUGUUCUUUUAAAACCAACGUAAACACGUAGCAGGGGCAAUAUGUUGGCACUAUAGACUGUGAAUAAACAUGGACUACGUAUCUCCACUUCCUCCUAGACAAAUUAUUCCAUUUCAAACGCUGCCAUCUUGCACACCCUGUGAAAAAACUGUCAUUAACUGAAUUAAAACAGUUUGCACCUCACAAUAAAGUUCUUACAUUGAGAUUUGUUGAUAA